AAAUGGCGCAGGUCUACACUCUCCUAGAACCUUUUCCGUUCACCAUACUGGACGUGUCUACCCUACUGGUCUUUUUGGUGACCUUUGGUUUAGCUGUGAGAUUUCUGAGAGGGAAGAGGCCCGAAAACCUGCCUCCUUUGGUGCCCGGAGGGUGGCCCCUUGUACACCAUCUGCCAACUCUGUUUAAGAAAGAUUUCCGUCUCCAAGUUGACCAGUGGGCCAGAGAGUUCGGUGAAAUUUACCGCGUAAACAUUUUUGGUAAAGAAAUCUACGUAGUUAGUGGAUACACGGCUCUCAAGGAGACGAUGGAAAAAGAUGAGAUUUCUACACGGACUGAUCCAAAAUUGGGCGCUACCUUAGGUGGUCACGAUAUCCUGAUGGCUCCUUACGGGGAAGUCUUCAAGGAACGGCGGAGGUUUGCAGCCAGUGUCUUCAGACGACUGGGAGUGAAGAUGGGCCGAGGAAGCAUACAGGAUCAAAUUCAGGAGGAAGCAACUUCUAUCUGUGGCAAGAUCUGCGGAUACAACAAAAAGCCGUUUGACAUCUCAUCCGACCUGACAACAGCAACAGGCAACGUCAUCUGCGCUUUGGUCUUCGGAAAAAGGUUUGACUACGGAGAUACGAGAUUCCAACAUCUGCUGACGACUAUGGAGAACCUUGGAGCUGAGGUAGCCAGAUGGGAGUUUCCGUUUAUCACCUACAUUCCAGGACUUCAAGAUCCAAUCGCGGGAACACGCUUCUAUUCUAAGAAGCUACAGCAGUUCAUUCGAGAAGAAGUAGAUCAACACCGUCUGAAGCUGGACCCGGAGAAUCCACGAGACUUCAUAGACUACUGUCUGCUCCAACUGGCCCAGCAGGACGGGGAGGGCACCUGGCUGAAGGAAGAAAACGUGGUGUACAUUAUUCAGAGCCUCUUCAUGGCAGGAACGGACACCACGGCCGCAACACUGACGUGGGCCCUGCUAUACAUGGUCCUGUAUCCAGAUGCACAGCAAAAGGUCCAGGCUGAACUGGACAGUGUGCUCGGCGCCACCAAGCCGAGUCUGGCACACAGAGACCAGCUUCCUUACACCACCGCUACCAUCAUGGAGGUCGAACGGAUCCGCCAUAUUGGACCCAUACUGUUUGGUCGCCUGGCUACAGGAACAACCCGUCUCCGUGGUUAUGACAUUGCGGAGGAAACUUUUCUGCUUCUAAACCUGAGGUCGGUUCACAUGGACCCUGCUGCCUGGCCCAACCCGGAUGUGUUCGACCCCAGUCGGUUCCUGGAUGCGGACGGCAAGGUUGUGAACAACCCAGACUCAUUCUUACCCUUCGCUGCAGGACGUAGGAACUGCUUAGGUGAGCAGCUGGCAAAAAUGGAACUCUUCCUCCUGUUCUCUACAAUUCUGCAGCACUUUGCACUGAAGCUGCCAGUGGGCGCCCCUACACCUUCCACCACAGGGAUCUUUAAAUCACUCAGCAUGGGGCCUGCACCUUUCAAAUUGUGCGCUGUAUCUCGCUAGUACUUAAUAUGUUAGGAUGAAUAUCAGAGAGUGGAGACAAUUAUGAUUUGGAGAAGGUUUUGUUUGUGUUAGGUAUUACAGUAUUGAAGGAAGACUGUAUCCAGCCAAAGACUUUAAAAUACGUUUACUAGUUACCGUUAGACUGUUUGGACUGUCCAUCACAGCUAGAAGCUCAAACAAUGAAACCAAUGCAAUUAGUGGUUCAACCAAUGGGUUAGUGACUUCAUUUUACGUUUAGGCGGAAGUGGGAGGUAUGAUGGGAUCUUUCAAUGAUUGUAAUUGCUUAAUUUUAUAUUU